GACUAAAUUUUGUGAAAAGUGAAAACAAACCGAGUCGAAGUUGUCGAUUUAGAUAUCUAGACGUGGAAGACUCCUAGAUUAGUUCUAAUUUUGAAUCUAGAUCUAUAUAAAAUCUCUCUCUAUAUAUAGACUAGAUCUACUGAUUUAUCUUGAUCUAGGUUGCAUACAAAAAUUCAUUUGUAAAAGGGAAUUUUACAAAACUAGAGUUUUAACAGAGAUACUUAAAAAAAUGGCAGCUUCUUCCAUUUCGUUAGAUGACUCGGAUGGAGACACUGAAUUAACUCUGCCAGAAUGUUUUGACCAUUGUUACAAUUUACACUGCUAUUUGGAUAAAACAGAUGAAUCAAUGGCAUCUGAUAAAGUUCAGGUGAAAAUUAAAGAAGGAAUUAAAAUGGCAGAAAAGGCAAUUAGAAUGGUUAACAGCUUAGAACUGUUUAGCAGAAAUGAAGACAUAGAAGAGAUUUCGUCCAAUGAAAUCAAAUACAUGUUAUUGUCUGCAUUUCUUGGCUACUUCAUUGGCUUGAACAUACAUCUACCUAGAGAAAUGGCUGUCAAACAAUCCAAAUUACACUACUCUGACUACCUGAAACUUCUCAAGUCAUACAAUGUCAUCAAUGAUGAGUAUCAUUUACCUGAAGAGGAAAAUGAAGACUCUGAAGAUUCUGUACCAGCUUCUUACAAUCGAACACGUCAGGAUGUUAAUGCCAUGUCAGCUCACAGAAACAAUAAAAUACAAAGAUUUAAAGAGAAGAAAGCCAUGGAGAAAAAAAUGUCGGAGCUGAAAGUUUUAAUAGAGAGAGAGCAUGUUGACGAGGAGGUGAAAAGAGAGUUUUACUUAACUCAGUUGAAACAUUGGGCUGCAACUGCUAUUGAUGAGAUAGAUAACUGUAAUUUGGAACUGCAGAUGUUAAAGCAUAAAAGUGAAAUGACCAAGGGUGUGUUCCAACAUACAGAGAACCCUGUGCACAAGAAAAAGCCCUUGAGACCAUUUAUUCUGACCAAAAAUGAGCUUCAGAAACAAGUAUUUGGUUUAGGCUACCCAGCUUUUCCAACUAUGACCAUUGAUGAGUUCUAUGAUCAAAAAGUCAAGGAAGGAACACUGUCCGAAUCAGUUCAAGGGGGCCAUAGCUUACAAGAGUGGGCCAUGAAUCCUGAAAAAGAUGCACAGGAUAGAGAGAAUGAAGAAGCUGAGAAGGAAGAAAAACAAGACAGAGAUGAUUCAGAGCUAUUGGCCAGGGCUAGAGCCAUGGAUGAGUUUAAAGAUGAACACAGGCGAGGAGAUGGCAACAGACAUAACAAAGGAUAAAUGUAUUGACACAUGAAUGACAUUGUAUGGAUGUUUUACUGGAGUGGAAGCCAUUUUAAUUGACCUUUAUUUUGGACAAUGAAUGAAAUUGAAAAGUGUGAAAGACAGUCUUAAGAGUGAACUUGAUUGAAUGCAAGUAUUUUAUUUUCUAUAUGCUGAUUUCAUGCUUUCCAAUGACAGUGAAUGUCGUCAUGUUAAGUUUUGUAAGAAGUUGAUAUUAUAUGUACUAAAAAAUUUAAUGUAUUGAAAUAGUUCUCUUAUAUUACUAAAAGAGCUGUUUUAAAAAUAUUACCUGAAUGUCUAUACAGAGUAUCAUAUAAUGUAAACAAUUAUUCUGUCAUUGUGCAAUGUUUUUCUACUAGUAAAAUUCUUGUUCUUAAUAAUGAUUUCUUAGAUCAAGAUUUUAAUAAGCAUAACUUCUGUUGUGGUUGUUUAUUUUAAGUUUCAACAAACAUUAUGUUUUUGCUUUGUUGCACUUACCUAACUAACAAGUUUUGCUAGUUAAAAAGUAUUACGACAGAGUCAAAGAUAUAUAAUAGAUUAGACUUGUAACAUCACUUGGGACAGAAGUGCCAUUUUAAUUAAAGUGAUCACCAUAAACUACACAUCAAAGCCAACCUCUUGCAUUAUCCAAAUUGACAUUAGUGCUAGUCAUUUGCUUCAUAUCUCUGCAAGAAAUAAAUUUAAUGUACCAGUAACUAUUAUUGCUGACCUAACUCAGAGUCUUAAACAGUUUUAUAGAAUUUUUAUAUUGCCCUUUUUUUUUUUUAUAUAUGACAUUGGGCAAGAGUCUUUUUGUAUUAUUCGAAUAAACAGUCCAUCAGUUUAUCAUU